AUGGAAAAAGUUGUUGGAAGUGUGCCGACUGUAAUUACAAACACGAUAGAAAUUACAGAAGGUUUAACUGCAUUUAGUUCUAAUAAUGAUAUAGCAAAGAAUGCUAUAAGCGCAGUUGGUUCUGUUGGAGAGGCUGUAAAACCUUUUAUACCUUUAAUUACUGCAAUAACUGUAGUGAUUUCUGAAAUUAUAGUUAUUUAUGAAAAUGCUCAAUAUAAUAAAAGAAUUUGUAAUUCGUUAAUGGAUCGAGUGGGUGCUGCUGAACAAGCUGUUAAAUCAUUACAAAGAAGACAAGCUGAAAAUGAAAAACAUUUUAGAAAUUCUGAAUAUUAUAAAAAUUUUGUACGAUUCGUUGAUGUUAUGAAAAGAAUUAAAGGUUUUAUUAAGGAUGUAUCAGAAUUACAAGGGUUUAAAAAAUUCUUUCAUGCAAAUUCAAUUAAAGAAAAAUUUGAUAGUCUUGUUAAAGAAUUUGAGAAUGUGAUGGCAGAAUUACAUUUUACAAUUACAGUUGCUGAUGAAGAACAAAGGAGACUUGACCAUCAGGCUCUUGAACAAGAUAUUCAUGAUAUGACAAAGUUUUUGGAACAAAUUCAAGGUGGUAUAGUCGAUAGUACUAAUACAAUCAACACUGUUUUACAAGAAGUGUUGAUAAUGAAAGGUCAAAUAGAUAGUAUAACAGAUAUUUCAAAAGUUAAUUUACCAAAUAGCGGAAGUAUCAAAGCAGUUGAAAUAAAUCCGGAUGAAUUAUUAGAUCCUGAUGUUAAAACUGAUACAGACCGUAGAGGCAAUAAACCAAAUUAUAUUUAUAAGAAAAAUUUUAAAUUUCAAGAAGUUGCUUGUAAACCAAUAAUUAUUCCAAAUGAUGACUCUGCUAAAAGUUCAAGAGGCAAGAGAGAGAAAAUCAAUUUCGGGGCCGCUUCACCGGAGAUUCAAGAAAUUCAGCAAGAGUUAAAAUCAAUAAUCAUUUCAGCCUGGCAAGAUGAUCCAGGACUUCGAGCGUCACUUCAACAAAUUUUCUUGCAACUUUCUAAAUUAGCCAGCAAAAAUAAAAAGACAAUGUCUUCUCCAUCACUUCUUCCUUCAAAGAGUAUAGAUUUGGAUGGAACAUUGCAAAAACCUAUUUCUGUUAGUGAUGAAGGUGGUUUAGAGCUACCAGAUCUGGACGUAACUACACCAAUUUCUACUUCAACCAGGACAUUAGAAGAAGAAGAUGCAAGCAUCUUGGAAGAGCUGAGUCGAAAAUAUAGCACAGAACAACUUAUUGAGUAUUUGAAGGGACAAAAACAAGUCAAAGAAACAAAUGAAAUAAUCAUUAAACAGAAAUUACUUAAGACGCAUAACUUAGAGUUUUCAAAUUGCAUGUUGAUCGAAAAAAUUCGAAAUUGGCAAGUUCCUUAUGCAAUAUACUUCAUGAUCUUCCUCCCAGAGGAUUGGUCAUAUGAUCACUACGCUAGUUGGAUAGAUAAAAAUAUGAACAAGGCAAUGAUAAACAGUAUAUUUUACAGAACAUUAGAAACCAUGAAAAAUGAUCAAAAUAUUUCGCAGGGAAUUCAUAAUGUUAUUCAAGGACUUUUGAAAAGUAAAAAAUCAGAUGUAGAUUAUACGGAUUCCAGAGCCAUUAAGAAAGUGAAGAAAGAAUUCGAAAAAUCGGAUACUAUUCUUAAGGAACUUAAAGAUACAAAUGCCAGUGUCACGAAGAAUGGAACUGCUUCAACUGAAAAAUCGAAUACUAAUCUUAAAGUACUCGAAGAAACUCUUCUAAAGUUUUUUAAGUCACGAUCGAAUUUCUCAUUAUCAUCUGCAUCUGAGGCAGUGUUACAAGCCGUUGCCGAAUUAUUAUUACAAGAAAAUGAAAUUCCGGAAUUGUCAGAAUUGUGUUUAGUAAUUGAUAACAAUAAACCAAAGAGAGAUAGAUAG